AUGUUAAACUUCGAAGUCCGUGCAACUCUUGAACAUCCUGCAACGGAGGACUUUGGCCAACUAGUGCUGUACCUAUUGCUACCCUGCAGCCAGAAAGUACAACAACUCCGACGCUAUAUCGGUGGAAAUAAUGCAGUUCUUCAGAAUUGA